AUGGAGGCAUUUUUUGAUUUCAGGUAAUCAUACUCCAAUACUCUAGUUAUUUUGAUGAUCUUAGAAAAAUUUGUUCGUAGGAUACAUACAAAGAAAAACUUAGACUCUUUCUAUUUAAUCCAUAUUUGGAAAUAAAGGAACAUUAAGAGAUAGUGGAUCUCUUUAUUGAAUAUGUAUUAUGUUUUAUAUUGCUUAUAGGCUGAAUUGUCUAAAGAAUAUGGGAUCACUUUUGAGCAUAUGAUUAAUCAUAAUAUUGGAAUUAAGGAACCCUAAUUCUAUCAUUACUUUUUCAAUAAACUUAAAGAGAUCAAUUACAGAAAAGCUCUAUAAUGUAUUUAAAUGGCCAAGCAGUAUAAUUUUAUAUAUUAUUAUAAAAUAGAUUUUGCUAUUCAAAUUUUGAAUAAAUUGAUAGUAUGAACAAAGAUUUAGAAAACAUCCUUCUUUUCUAAUUCGAGUCUUACUAUCAAUCUAAAAAUUACUCCAAAAAAUAAAUUGAAGAUAAACUCAAACAAUUUGAACUUAAAUUUUAUUAAUCUAAAAAUAAGAGAAUCCAAAUCCACAUUGAUGAACAAUAUAGAAAACUUGAUCUCAAAGCUAUUAUUCAUGAACUUGAGUCUUUCAAAGAAAAUAAAUUUAAUUCCCAUUCAUCCACUUAAAUCCCAAUUUCAUAAUCUUAUUAUUUGAAUCCAGAAGAAUAGGACUUUAACAAUUAAUUAGAAUCUAAGGAAUUCAAACUCAUCAAACCCAAAUUUCAAAACAAUCGCAGCAAUCUUUAAAUCAAUACACAAUCCCCUAAUUUCUCAAAUGAUAUUGCUGUUUCUGAAGAAAUAAACAAACUAACUCCUAUCAGUUCUUCAUCGACAUCCAGUAGAUAUAUUUUUAAAUUAAAUCAUAACUAUAAUAUCAAAUCUAAUUAAUAAUAAAAAUUAAUCAUACCCAUACCUACUAUUAAUUAAUAAAUUAGUCCAUUAAAAUCAUUAAAUAGAAUGAAAUACAAAAGCAUACAAAAACUAAGAUAACUUAUCUUUGAAGAUAAUGCUCAAAGUUUAGUUAAAGAACCUUUAAAAUUUGAUUCACCUCAAUGA